AUGGGGGUAUCUUUAAUCCAGAGAGGGGUAUCCCACGCCUGCAGCUCCAGCCAAGACCUCCCACAGCCUGACACCAGGACCAGAGGUCGGCUAGGGGUUGGACUGGGACCAGGUGUGUGUGAGCAUCCAGGGCUGGUUCAGACAGCGGACUGUAAGGACCUGGCUCAGUGCCUGCUGUUCAGUGAAGACUCAGAGGACAGAGAGCAUGCUGGGACGCUUCCACACAGACCUACGGACGCCACACCCCCUCAGAAGAACUGCAGCUCCAGAGGGUGUACCCCCUCCCACCUGGCACGGGCGAGGGAGCGCGUCCUACAGCGAUCUCUGAGGAACAACAUGUCAGCCUCUGUUCUCACGCCCCUACUGGGCUGGAGGCCAGCACGCUCAACACUACAGCUGGGGCUGCCUGCUGCGGUCCUUGAACGCCACCGUCAUCAUGGUGUCUCCUCCAUGUUCCCCUGGCAGGCUCAGUGUCUCAGUCUGGGACGCGUGCUGCAAGGACACAACCUGGUCUACUCAGCCCCAACCAGUGCAGGGAAGACCCUGGUGGCAGAGCUGUUAAUGCUGAAGAGAGUCCUGGAGACCAGGAGGAAAGCUCUGUUUAUUCUGCCCUUCGUAUCCCUGGCCAAGGAGAAGAUGACCUACCUACAGAGUGUGUUCUCCGAGGCGGGGGUGUGUGUGGAGGGCUACAUGGGAGGUCGGGCUGCUCCAGGAGGUUUCAGUAGUCUGGACGUAGCAGUGUGUACUAUAGAGAAGGCCAACUCCCUCCUCAACAGACUCAUAGAGGAGGAUUCCAUGGACCUACUGGGUGUGGUGGUUGUGGAUGAGCUUCACAUGGUAGGAGACUCUGGUAGAGGAUAUCUGCUUGAACUACUGCUCACCAAGAUACGAUACAUCGCCCUCAAACACAACACCAACAACAGCUCCUUAUCAGAAGGUAUCCAAAUCGUGGGUAUGAGUGCCACCCUCCCAAACCUGUCCCUGCUGGCUGGGUGGCUGGAUGCGGAGCUUUACCAGACUGACUACAGACCCGUCCCGCUGAAGCAGAGGCUCAAGGUGGGGAACAGCAUCUACGACUCCAGCCUCUCUCUGGUCCGAACCUUCGAGCCCCUGAUCACGGUCAAGGGAGAUGAGGACCACAUACUGUCUCUAUGUUAUGAGACAGUGAGUGAGGGCCACUCUGUCCUCCUGUUCUGUCCUUCCAAGAGCUGGUGCGAGAAACUGUCUGACAGUAUUGCUAGAGCGUUCUACAACCUCAGACACACAGGUGGUCAGGUGGUCAGUGGCUCAGCGCUCCAGGCUGUGGUAUUGGACCAGGGGGGAGUGGUGGAUGUGUUAGCCCAGCUCAGACGCACCCCGGCUGGGUUAGACCCAGUCCUGCAACGCACCGUGCCCUGGGGGGUGGCCUUCCACCACGCUGGUUUGACGUUUGAUGAGCGAGACGUGUUGGAGGGAGCAUUCCGAGGGGGCGUGGUCAGAGUGUUGGCGGCGACCUCAACCUUGUCAUCGGGGGUCAACCUGCCUGCACGUAGGGUUAUCAUACGAACUCCGACCUUUAAUGGCCGUCUGCUCGACCCCCUGACCUACAGACAGAUGGCCGGACGCGCCGGGAGGAUGGGAGUCGACACUGAGG